CAGCGGCAUUCUGUACCUCCCCCCAUCGCUGAUCUAAACGAACGCCUUCCCCGUUGUUCCCUCCCCUUGAGAAGCAAACAGCAAAAGCAUCAGUGCUUCUAAAGCGACUCCAUUUAGUCAUGAGCUCAAUCGGCGCCAUGGCUGUGCGCCGCUUUUCCAGCAAGCCGCGCGUAAGCGUGACGGAUUCCGACGAGCGAGAGUCCGUCAUCAUCAUGCUUCCCGACGGCUCCAUACGCCUCUUUGACAAAUCGCCAGACGCGCUCGAGCAACUCACAGCCCAGACCGUUCUCUCCGAGUACCCCAACAUGAAUCUCUCAUCGCUCGAAGCUCUCGUCGCUCCGAACGCGUCGCUCGCGCCAGGCGAGACGUAUUUCCUGACGCCGAAGCGCGCGCUGUCAGCCACUCGACCACCAUUGACCCCGCCUUCGAGGGACGGUUCCCACGCUCGCUCCCGCGGCGUGUUGCCGAAUCUCCCGCCGCGGAGCCACCAUGGCGCCGCAAGCGACGGCCAGAUCCCGUUAGUGCGAGACGGGUCGUUCCACCGAGAUUGUAACGACUCGGAGUCGUGCCAUAAUCGGGAGUCGCACGCGGGCGGGCCGGGGGCGUUGGAGAUACCGACGCGCGCAUCGUCGCCGGGGUGCUGCAGCGCGCGCAGCGAGGAGAGCCUCGACUUCAGCUUCGUCGCGCGGGAGUGCUUCGGCUCGGGCCGACACGGCAGCUUUGGUUCGGGCCGACGCGCCGGGUAUGAGAAUGAGGAGGAGGAAGAGGCGAUGGACCAGCCUGCGCUGUACAAGUCCAAGACUUACAGCGGGAGCCAUAACCUGAGAGGGAGCGGCAGGCCACAAGCGGAUUUCGCGAAGCAUCAUAUCGAGUUGUCGCCACACCGUGGCGACGGUCGGCACAGCAGAACACCGUCCAUCGUCCCUUCGCCAACGUCGUCCGUGUCAAGUGUCAGCACCAGCCAGCGCGACUCGCACAGGCUUCCUCCGCGCCCGUCGCCUCCCCCGACACCGAAUCCGUUCCUCGCUGAGAUCGCUGCCCUUGACGAAGAAGACUGUAUCGCGAACUUUGCGGCGACAGUCACAACCACAGGCACGUCGACUCGCGCGCCUCCCUUCUCCUCUUCGCCGUCCGAAGGGUUGUCCAUCAAAGCUAAGGUCCUCGCGACGCUCGCUCACUUCAAGCCGCGCAAUCUACGGCGCAAGAAGAUCCAAUCCUCCGCUGUGACGAGCGACGAGGCUGACGGCGUCACGGCUGGAGUCGGAUUCUGCGAGUCCGAGUCAGCACAGGACUGGGCUGACGUGGACAGCCGGCUGUUCAUGACGGACACGCGGAUUGGGCACCGACAGUCACGAAACCGAGGCGGCGGUGCACAUCCGCGCGGGGGAUAUCCGCAGCAUUUGCGUGACGGCGUCGCAUGGGAGGCUCCGUCGCAAGUUACUUUGGGCGACCACACGGCUCGCGACAGUGGCACGCAUUUCGCACGGCCUGGGGUUACUUCGAACGAUGCUGCUAGUAGCAGUUAUUAUCGUCAGUUCCAGAUGUCUCCGUCCCCUACAGCGGACUACGGCGCUUCGUUUUCCUCCAGAAUCUGCCGGAGUUGCAACGGAAUGAGCAGCUGCUGCUCCUGCGAAGCGCAACCUGUCGCAGAGUACAGCGUGCGACGACGAGGCUAUGCGUCGCAGGGUUCUUCUCGGCAACAGAGCCCUGCGACGAUGCAAGUGCGAGUGUGUGACUUCCUAGACGAUGGCCCUAGGCACAGGAGUAACGAUUACAUUAUGCCUCCAACGAAUCAGAGGUUCUUGUCAGGACCCAUUGGGCCGCACGCCAGCUUCUAGACUAGUAAACCUCAAACCAUAGCCCAUAGCCGUGUCCUUCCACGGAUAUCCAUGUCCUGGAGUUGCCAGGCACAGGUUUCUCACGCGGAACGUUUCUGGCCUUGCCAAGGCCCAGAGGUGGUGCUUUCAUCAAGCCCAUCAUCCAGUGUGCUUGGUCUUAACUGAUUGAUAUGUGCUAUGAACUAAUUCAGCUGUUUUUUUCCAUUCUUUCAUUU